UUCUCGGACGGAUCACAUGGUGGAUACAUCAUGUGCUUUCAUUUAAUCCCCCCCCCCACACAACCCCCCCGCAGCUCGCAGGGUGGCUAAGUAGAGGUGCAGUGAGGACACUACAUUAGUGUGGCCGUAAUACGCCUUCCUCAAAAUAAUGAGCCAUGAGUCAUCUAACAAUGGGAAAAAGAAGAAGACCGUGAAUAUUACACCUCCCAACUUCAGAUCUCUGGUGUCAAGUGUCAACGCAAAAAUUCCGACCUGCCCGACAGGCCUUCCCUUUCUUGUUUGGGGCACCUCCAUUGGCUGAGACACACCCACGCCAUUGAAGCCGCCAGCUUCCUGGAGGGCGAAUAGCUGCUCGGAACAGGAAAUUACAUCACAGCGCUGAGGAGCAUUUUGCACGCCGAGAACAGAGAAACCCAAAACGAGGAGCAGAUGUUUUUCAGACGUGGUUAAAAAAGAAGGGCAAAGCAGAGCGUAGAAAAGCAGUUUUGGUCCGAGCUGCUGGGAGAAGAAACAUGUCAGGGGGAUAUGAAGAGAGUCAAAGUGGAGCUUCUGUUUUCUUCUCCAACCCUCUGAUGAGUGAUCUUGAAGCAGACUGGUCUCCAAUUCAUGAUGCUGCAGCCAAUGGACGCACGCUGACACUGCAAAGGCUCAUUGCUCAGGGUGCGUGCGUGAACCUGAGCACGUUGGACCGGGUCUCCCCCCUCCACGGCACAUGCGUACGAGGCCACACAGCCUGCAUCAAGCUCCUCCUGCAACAUGGCGCUAAUGUAAACAGUUCGACGUCAGAUGGAAAAACGGCACUGUCGGAAGCGUGUGGCCGGGGUCACGUGACCUGCGUGUCGCUGCUCCUUCAGCAUGGAGCGAGCCCUCUGGGGAGCAAUCUGUCCAGUUCCCCAAUGCACGUUGCCGCAGCCAAAGGCUACCCAGAGUGCAUUGAGUCUCUCGUGCAGCACGGCGCCGACGUGGAUCAGAAUUUAGAUCAAGUGGGCACACCGCUCCAUAUCGCCUGCUCCAAUCGGCAGCUGACUGCUGUGAAGAAACUGCUUCAACUCGGCGCGAGCUCAAACAUCGUCGCGUCCGGUGAGUCUCCCCUGCACGUCGCCGCUCGUGCGUCCUGUCCAGAGACAGUGUCGCUUCUGUUAGAGCACGGGGGCGACGCCUCCCUGCGGAACCCGGAGGGCAAACGGCCCGUGGACCUGGCGGCCCCUGACGGUCCCGUGGAGAAGCUGCUCAGGCAAAGCGGAGGAGUCGCCUCGCUGAUGCAGCUGUGCCGCCUCCACAUCAGGACCGCUUUAGGCAAACACAGGCUGCGCUACAUCCCUCGCCUUCAUCUGCCCACACUACUCAAAAACUAUCUUCUAUGGAAAGCCUGAGAAUUGAUUUCAUAUCCUGGAUUACCCCCCCCCCCCACGACACGUUACUACUAGUAAGGCAAAACUACACAAGUUGACAAGUAGUACUACUGAUGAAACACUAGACAUUUAACUUCUAUCAUUUUAUAUUGUUAACUGGUAGAAUUGAGCGUCACUAAUAGUACGAGUAGUGCACGUUGUCAUCUCGUGCAGUUUUGGCUUACAAGAAAUGUAUAUUGUAGUUGUCCUACUGAGGACAACUACAAAACUAGUGAUGGGCAUUUUAGUGCUACUUGUAGGGUCCAGGUGCCUACUAGUGCGUGGCACAUGCCUACGAGUUGGGCCUAGUAAGUUGUGUUACCACUGCAGCACAGUAGUUUACUAGUAUGGUUUAAUUGUGUACUAGUAGGCCAAAAUUAGUACUACUAAUGCAAAAGCUAUUACUAGUAAGACAUAGUUUUAUACUAGUGUGCUGAAUUGUCUUACUAGUAAGGACAAAGAGCACACUGGUACCUGGAUACAUCAAGAACAUCAAGGGUAAAAUGGUCAAACUCCUUUCAAUUAUCUUCCCUUGCUGCAGUUCUUCUUUUUGCCAACAGAGGGAGCGCUCGCAUAAUACUUGAGGGCAAACUUGACUUUGAAAGGACGUCCAACUGCAAUUCAAAGUCACGUGAAGGUCAGCGUCGACCCUCAUCUGCAGCAUGUUGUAUUCAUGAGCUGGCACACUUUUUUUUUUGCUUUCAUUUCCUCUUGUUGGUGCCCCAAAUAGAUUUUUUUUUUCUUUCUGCCUGCCUCACCAGGCUCGUGUGAGCCUUUCACGCUGAAUUUACAUAUUUUAGACAGCAAAGUUUAAGCCAGAAGUGCUGUACUUUAAUCUAAAAGAUGGAUUUGAUGCUCAAACUUUGAUAUAAAAUUUCUAAAACUACA